GCCGCACUUUUCGAUGUCGCUAAUAGCGCCCACAGCGCGUGAUUCUUACCCCAUCGAGCAUAAUUGCGAGCGUCCUCAUUCUUGGCCGCGGGCGUAUGCCAAAGUAUAACAUAUUGUUCGUUCGAUGAUUCUCCGAACCCACCUCGAAAAUGCCCCCCACUACAGGCCAACUGGAAGAAAGUCUAAGCAAACUUCAGAUCACUGACUCAAAAGCACCGUCUACUCCGGAGCAAUGGGUGCCCUCUAAAUACAGCUCGGACAUAUCUCAGUACGUUCUCGUCAGGCCUCCCCGGGCCCCGUGCGGCUAUCGUCAGCUAUUUGGUUUUCCUAUUACCAAGAAGGAGAUUUGGGACAUGGGUGCCAUUGCUUUCCAACAUGUUCAGCCAGACGAGAUACUGCCAGAUGACCGCUUCUUCUUCAUGAUGAAUUCCCUUACCUUCAUCAGUCUAUAUCUCGGUCUUCGUGUUUGCACUACCGGAGAUGGCAAGGUGGUUGGAGACUCGGAUAAUAUCCCACCGCAGUGUUUGACGCCGUCGGGAAAGGUGCUGUUGUUAGUAUUGUGGAGGGAUACAGAAUGCGAGGCUACCUGUCCCACGCCCAGUCAAGUGCGUCACCUGGAGUCGAAGAUUGGGCGCUUACCGGGAUGGUGGGUAGAGAUCCCACAAUUUGGGUGAGCACUUAUUACGCCAUCGUUCUAUCACUGUCUGUGUCGCCUACCCCACUUGUACCUACCCAUUUU